UGGCUUUCUCCAAGAGCAAGGUACGUAAUUAAAAUAUAUGAUGAGUUUGACAGCAAUUAAAAUCUAUUACAAUGGCUUUCUCCAAGCGCUUUUGUUCUGUGUUUGGUACAGGUCACUUGCACGUACGGCUUUCCCGAUUUGCUUAUGAGAGCCACUAAUGGGACUAUUUCCGGCAAGUUUGUUGUUGUGUAUGGAUUUGGGGAUGGUCAGAGCUCUACUGAUGCAACUUGGUCCACACGCACGAGUGGCUACGACAGCUCUGACCAACGAGGAUGUUCUCCCUGAGGGUGACAUAUUUGUUAACACUGUGGGUGACAAAGACACCAUCGUCAAGGUUAAUCACAUGAAGAAGAUGAAAAAUGAUGCCAUUAUUUGCAGCCUGGGUGAUUUUGACAGUACUGGAAUUGACAUGCGCGAGCUUACUACAUAUCCAGACGUGAAGCCCAUAACCAUGGAGGCUGGAAUAGACAAAUGGGUCUUCCCUGAGUCUAACACGGGCAUCAUCAUAUUAGCUGAGGGACUUCCGAUGAAGAUGGGUCUUUCCUUUGCGGACAUGGAGCCGGGUCGAAAAAUGAACCGGGUUCGGGUUUAGACGAUGAUGAGGUUGUGGCUUCUCCUUCAGUUGCCAACCUUGAAGCUGAUCAUGGUCAUGAAUCGACCAAUGAUGUACGGCCUGAGUCCAUUAGCUUGUCUAUUAAUGGAGGCGAUCAUAAUACAAACCCCAUCACUUUAGGUGCGGACCAUGGAGCCGGGUCAACAACGGCAUCUCCUUCAGUUGCCAACAUCGGAGCUGAUAUACAGCCUGGGUUCACUAGUGUGUCCAUUAAUGGAGGCGAUCAUAAUACAAACACCAUCACUUUAGGUGCGGACCAUGGAGCCGGGUCAACAAUGGCAUCUCCUUCAGGUUCCAACAUCGGAGCUGAUAUACAGCCUGAGUUCACUAGUGUGUCCAUUAGUGGAGGCGAUCGUCCAAGCCUCAUCGCUAAUGAUGGGAUUGGGAUGAGCUUUGAUAUGAUGGGGAUGCUGCCUCGCAAUUGGCGUAUCUUUGUGAUUCUUGUCAUAUUGCUCACUUUUGUCGCUGGGAUGGUUUCCAAGUUUGUGUGAUCGGGU